CUUCGUUCCUGGCUGAGAGAGCCGGGUGGGGGCAGCCGUCGUGUCCCCUUCACCCGGUGUUGGGGGCCUGGGAGCGGGCCCCGCAACAGCGGGCACGAGUCCCCGGCAGGGCCUGUGCCAUGGGACUGCUCUUGACCGUCAGGGGAGCGACCGGGUGUUGCUCAGGUCGCCUCGUCACCCGUCAUUUCUCCCAAGCAGCGCGGCCUGGGGAGCGGCCCGGCGGGGAGGAGCUAAGUCGCCUGCGGCUGGAUGACCUGGCACCGACCCCGCGGCCGGAGCUUCUGUUUGGCCUGUCCCCGUGUCUCCUGGCUCUGCGGGCCGCCCGCCGCCGCGUGGCCCGGCUCCUGCUCCAGGCAGGUAGGGCUGGGCUGCAGGGCGAGCGGGCCGAGCUGCUCCGAGUGGCCGAGGCGCGGGGCAUUCCGGUUCUGCGGCCCAGACGGCAGAAACUGGACGCCCUGUGCGGCUACCAGGUCCACCAGGGCAUCUGCAUGGAGGUGAGCCCGCUGCGGCCCCGGCCCUUGCCUGAAGCCGGGGAAGCGAGUACAGGCGACAAUCCCCAGCAGCUGUGGCUCGUCCUCGAGGGGCUCCAGGAUCCCCGGAAUCUUGGGGCUGUGCUGCGCUCCGCUCACUUCCUCGGAGUGGAUAAGGUCAUCACCAGCCGGAGAAACAGCUGCCCGCUCACUCCAGUAGUCAGCAAGGCCAGCGCGGGGACUGUGGAGGUGAUGGAUGUGUUCUCCACUGAUGACCUGACCGGUUUUUUACAGGCCAAAGCCCAGCAGGGCUGGCUUGUGGCCGGCUCAGUGGGCUGCCUGAGACCUGAGACAACCCCAUCCUCCAAGGUCCCUGUCACCAGUUGCUUGGAGUUCCUCUGGGACCGGCCUACUCUCCUGGUGCUGGGGAAUGAGGGCUCUGGUCUGUCCCAGGAGGUGCAGGCCUCCUGCCAGCUUCUCCUCACCAUCCUGCCUGGACGCCAACUGCCUCCUGGACUUGAGUCCUUGAAUGUCUCUGUGGCUGCAGGAAUCCUCCUCCACUCCAUCUGCAGCCAGAGGAAGGAUUUCCCUGCAACGGAGAAGAGAGGGCAACUUCCCCAAGACCCCCAGGAACCCUCAGUCAGGUCUGAAGGACUCAAUGUGGCUCAGCACCCAGGACUGUCCUCAAGAUCGGGAAACGAGAGGCAAGAUGGGCUGGCGUGACUGUCCUCGAUGCACCUGUGCUGGAGUCAGGGUGGCUGCACACACGUCGCAAAUCCCAAGUGCGGGGAUCUAUGCCUGAGUGUGCCCCCAGACCCCUGGACAUUGACCACAGUCUGUGGGAACAAGGGACUUCGCGGUGGAGACUAGAGUACAUUCAGUUUCCUGUUUUGAUUUGGCCAGGUGAUUGGAGUUGGUAGUUUGUUAACUUCUGUGAUGGGCUAGGAUGGUUAGAGUCUGUCUUCCCCAGCCCUGCCUGGAAGUAGAGGGCAAAUCUAGACCAUGGAAGGGAAGCAGGCCGCCCCAACAAGAGGUCCUGUUCCUCUUUACUGGCUGUUGCACUUGGCGAAUCUGAACGUGAGAAUGUAGGGUGCAGACCCUGCCCGCCUGCAGCCUUCAGCACAGUCGUUUUUAUAUGCCUGGAACCCUUAUCUGCACCUGCCUCACAGGGUUAUCGUGGGAUCAGAUAAAACAUCACGUCAUGUCGAAGAAAAGCUGUAAGCAAACAUUGAACUUGAAUCAGUAGGCAUGCUUUUCCCACUUCUUUUUGUUAUGAAUUCUGAAACUCUGUGUAUUCUGGGACCAAGUAGAUGUAUAAAUAUCUAGUGAAUAACAGAAGCCACGGGUCUCCCUAUUCACAGAGAGAGUAAAUGGAGAGAUAAUCAGGAGACAGAAUUAUAGUGUGCCCCACCUCCCGUGCCAUGGUUUAGACUUGCAGGUAUCAGCAUGAACUCUUGGACUUCAUACUGGUGCCUAAAACAAGAAAAAAUAGAACUAUAAAUGGUUGUAAAUGUG